CGAGCAAAGGGCAACAUGGCGGCUCGCCUCAACCUCGAUGAGCCCCGCUGGGACCAGAGCACGUUCGAAGGCCGUGCGAAGCAUUUUCUGACGACGACCAACCCGCUCAACGUGCUCGCGUCCGACGCCGACCUCGACGCGGCCAAGGCGCUCGUCGAGCAGUACAAGGCGGGCCGUGAGCCGGCAGGUAUCAAGGACGAAGAUGUCUGGGCCGCCAAGCACCUCUACGACUCGGCCUUCCACCCCGACACGGGCGAGAAGAACUUUAUCUUGGGUCGCAUGGCGUUCCAGGUGCCUGGCAACAUGGCCAUCACGGGCUGCAUGAUGACGUUCUACCGGUCGACGCCGGCCGUCAUCUUUUGGCAGUUUAUGAACCAAACGUUCAACUCGAUCGUCAACUACACCAACCGCAACGCGAGCACGGGCGUCACGACCGAGCAGCUUGGCCAAGCGUACAUUGCUGCGUCGACCAUGUCGGUCGCGACUGCUGUCGGCAUGAACAAGUUUAUUGCGAGCCGCCCGAGCCUCAGUGGCGGUCUCAUCGGUCGCUUCGUGCCGCUCAUGGCCGUCGCAGCCGCCAACUGGGUCAACAUCCCGCUCAUGCGCCAGCGCGAGCUCGUCGACGGCAUUGACGUCGAGACUGCUGAGGGCGAACUCAUUGGCAAGAGCAAGGUCGCGGCCCAGAAUGCCGUGCUCCAGGUCGUGCCGUCGCGCAUCCUCAUGGCCGUGCCCGGCAUGCUCUUCCCGCCGCUCGUCAUGGCCAAGCUCGAGCAGGGCACGCUCCUGAAGCGGUCGCCGAUGCUUGCGGCGCCCAUCAUGGUGCUCCUCACGGGUCUCUGCCUCUCGUUCUCGACGCCGCUCUGCUGCGCGCUCUUCCCGCAAAAGAGUGCGGUUGCCAAAAGCGACCUCGAGCCCGAGCUCCAGGCCAUCAUCGACGCCAAGUACCCGCGCACGGCCCACGCCUUUUACAACAAGGGCUUGUAAACGAACCAAAGCAUGUCUUCUUGUGUCGUG